GCGCGGGUGAAUGUCGAGGCCGCUGCUGGUGGGGGCGUCGGGCGGGCACCGCGACGGGGUUAUAAGCGCAGCCGGGGGCCGCUGGUGGCACCACAGCCGUCCCAACUAGCCGCCGGUGCACAACACAGCUCCCGCCACAACCCUCCGACAUGAAGCUGAUCAUCGCCUCCUGCCUGCUGUGCGCCGCGCUCGCCGCUCCUCAGCUGAGGCCCGAGCCCGUGCCCAUCAUCUCCCAGUCCAACAUCGUCAACGAGGACGGCUCCUUCCAGAACAGCUACGAGAGCGCUGACGGCACCCGCGUCGACUCGCAGGGCGCGCUGAAGAGCCUGGGUCCCCAGGAGGACGGCCAGGUGAUCCAGGGCUCCUACUCCUUCGUCGGCACCGACGGCGCCGUCUACCAGCUCACCUACACCGCCGACGAGAACGGCUUCCAGCCUCAGGCCAACUACCUGCCCACCCCUCCGCCCAUCCCGGAGAAGAUCCUGGAGGCGCUGGCCUACAACGCCGCCCACCCCGAGGAGGACAACCUCAAGAGGAAGUGAUCGGGAUCCGAGUCCACCUCCACCUUCAUCCUGCAGCACCUUCACCAACCGCUGGGGCUCGCUCCAGGUCCAGCUCGCAAGACUAAGACGACGGACUGAGUCGGUGGUCUUCCGGACACCCAGAACUGCAACUGGAGCCCGCCUCUUGUAUAUACUGUACAAACUAAACGCAAUUUUUACGUGUUUCAAAUAAAAAAAAACUCUCAUUA